GCGCAAGCGACGGAGGGUUGACUAUGGCGGCGCGGACAACAGCAUCGAGGACGGAGAGAAGCCUUAUACCAACGAUGAUCGCCUGGCGCUCGCGACACGAGACGUCAAUCGCUUUCCCAUCUUCAAACCCAAGGAUAAGGAUACCAUGUUCCGGACCAAGUUCGCAGUGCCCAUGAAGAACAAGGACACUGGCGCAUGGAACCCCUCACGUCCCCCGCCGCUGCUCGGUCUCAGACAAGGCACCGUCUUUGUUGCGAAGCCGCUCCAUGAUCCCAGUGGCGAGUUUGCAAUCGUGUUGUUCGAUCCGACUGUCGACGGAAAGCCACAACCACUGGUAUCCGAUGAGUCAGAUGGGGCGAAUAAGGAUGGAGAGGCACCGAGUAGCACGCCAGUGAUGGACGAGCCUAUAAUGCACAAGAGCUUGGCCGAGAUAUUAGGGAUCAAGAAGGUCGUGGUGGACGAGCGUCCCAAGGUGCCUGUUGUGAUUGACCCACGCCUAGCGAAAGUGCUACGACCGCAUCAGGUCGAAGGAGUGAAAUUUUUAUACCGGUGCACGACCGGCCUGAUCGAUGCGAACGCGGAGGGCUGCAUCAUGGCAGACGAGAUGGGAUUGGGAAAGACUUUGCAGUGUAUCACGCUCAUGUGGACACUACUGAAACAAUCGCCGGAUGCUGGGAAGAGUACCAUACAGAAGUGCAUCAUCGCAUGCCCUGCCAGCUUGGUUCGCAACUGGGCGAACGAGCUGGUCAAGUGGCUCGGCGAGGGUGCAAUUGAGCCUUUCGCAGUGGACGGUAAAGCUUCCAAAGAGCAGAUGACACAGCAGAUGCGUGCUUGGGCAUCAGCCAGUGGUCGUGCAGUGGUCCGACCGGUGCUCAUUAUAUCCUACGAGACGCUACGUCUCUAUGUCGAUGAGCUGCGUAAUACGCCGAUCGGUCUGAUGCUGUGCGACGAAGGCCAUCGCCUCAAAAACAGCGAGUCUCAGACGUACAUGGCUCUGGCUGGCCUGAACGUGAAGAAGCGAGUUAUCCUCUCGGGUACUCCGAUCCAAAAUGACUUGUCUGAGUACUUCUCCUUGCUGAACUUCGCCAACCCCGGCUACCUGGGCACCCAGGCAGAUUUUCGCAAGCAGUUUGAGAACCCAAUUCUGCGAGGACGAGAUGCUGACGGGACGGAAGCUGACAGACAGAAAGGCGAUGAACGUCUGAAGGAGCUUCUCACGCUUGUCAACAAGUUCAUCAUACGGCGUACGAACGAUAUUCUAUCAAAGUAUCUGCCAGUCAAGUACGAGCACGUGGUCUUCUGCAACCUCGCACCUUUCCAGCUGGAUCUAUACAACUAUUUCAUCAAGUCACCAGAGAUCCAGAGUCUUCUACGAGGCAAAGGGAGUCAACCACUCAAAGCAAUUGGUCUGUUGAAGAAGCUGUGCAAUCAUCCAGAUCUGCUCAAUCUUCCGGAUGACCUGCCUGGAUCGGAAGAGCAUUUCCCAGAGGAAUACGUUCCAAAAGAUCAGCGUGGCCGUGAUCGGGAAGUCAAUCCAGUGUACUCUGGCAAGAUGCAGGUGCUGGACCGCAUGCUUGCUCGAAUUCGCAUGGAUAGUAACGACAAGAUUGUGUUAAUCUCCAAUUACACCCAGACCUUGGACGUCUUUGAAAAGCUAUGCCGCAGUCGCUCGUAUGGAUGCUUGCGCCUAGAUGGUACCAUGAACGUCAACAAGCGACAGAAACUCGUCGAUAAAUUCAACGACCCCAAUGGAGCAGAAUUUGUCUUCCUACUGUCGUCCAAAGCUGGAGGGUGUGGACUCAACCUCAUUGGUGCUAAUCGACUCAUUCUUUUCGAUCCCGACUGGAACCCGGCUGCUGACCAACAAGCCCUUGCGCGUGUUUGGCGUGAUGGGCAGAAGAAGGACUGCUUUGUAUACAGAUUCAUGGCGGCUGGCACCAUUGAGGAGAAGAUUUUUCAACGGCAGUCGCACAAACAGGCGCUUUCGUCUUGCGUCGUCGACUCGGCAGAAGACGUCGAGAGACAUUUCAGUACGGAGUCCUUGCGAGAGCUCUUCCAAUACCGACCUGGCACAACGAGCGAUACACACGACACGUUCAAGUGCAAGCGGUGUAAGAACGGCAAACAAGUGCUCAAAGCUCCAGCUAUGCUGUACGGCGAUACGAGCACCUGGAACCACUUCACGAACGAUGGCGCGAGCGGAGCGAUGAGCCGUAUACAAGAUCUGCUGUUGCGACAGGAGUGUUCCGAGAAGGAUGUCAGUGCGGUGUUCCAGUAUAUUAGCCAUUGAGAAGAGCUGUCUUGGACGCCUUUAGGUCAUGAGUGACACGGGCUACGACGUCGAUGAAUGAUCAC